AUGUCGGAGGCGCCGAUCCAGUACUGCGUGUGCCAGCAGGUGGACAGCGCGGGGCUCAUGAUCGAGUGCAGUCGCGGUACGGGCGGCUGCAAUAGCUGGGUGCACCCCGCCUGCUGUGGACUCGUUCUUACCGAAACAGAGCUCGAGGCCAUCGACAGCUACAUUUGCCCGCUCUGCGAGUCGCCGGACGAUGACUUUAGCAAGAUGGCGGCGGUUAACACGAAGCGGGCCAACAAGAUGGCGCUCAAGGCGCGC